CUACUGGGCAAAGGCACAAGACAUAACCUUAUUAAUAUGGUUUACAAUUUUUGUAUUCAUGUCUCUCGAGUCUUGACGAUUCUCUGUUCUUGUGUUAAUUUUUCAAUAAAUUCCUUGAGAUAAUGUCUUCGUCAUCCAUACCUCACAGUUCACAUAGUACAUCAAGAUUCAGAAAGUAUGCUGAUGAAUACAAUCCAAUUGCCGUUGGAUCAAUUGACGGUCAGGACACAACACCCCAUGAUAAAGCCCUCACACGAGCCAACAACAGCACCUACAGAUGCAAUAAAAAAGUCUCCGGAAAUCCUAGGCACACGAUAUUCGUCGGGCGUCUUUUCCGGGAAACCACUGAAGAAAAACUUAAAGGAAAGUUCCAGCGAUUCGGGGACAUUGUCUCCUGUAGAGUUAUUAGGGAUUUAGUUACGGGGAUUUCAAAGAACUAUGCCUUCAUAGAGUUUCGCACGAGAGAUUCCGCGAUUGAGGCUUAUGAUGCAAUGAACGGCGUCACCGUGGAUGGAGCAAGUCUGUUGGUGGACUUUGAAUGGGAAAGGAGAAUGAAGGGAUGGAAACCGAGAAGACUAGGUGGAGGAUUUGGGGGAAAGAAGGAAUCUGGACAGUUGAGAUUUGGCUGUAGAGAUAGACCUUUUCAGCGUCCCAGGAGCAAUCCAUUUGAUUACAAGGAAAUUUUCAGGCAUAAAAAGACGCAGAAAAAAUAAAUGUCCUCAUAUUGAAGGAAAGGGAAAUGCAGGGGCUAUGUGAAAAAGUUCUCGAGAAAAUAGAGGGCUAUUUUAAAAAGAUUCGAGUGUUAGGGCCUUGACAGACCUGAGGAUUAGCCGAGAGACGGCUUAGCGUAAUUAUAUUAGAAAUAAUGAUCAAACUACAUUUCCAUCAUUUUCCACUAAGUCGCUUCUCGACUUAAGUCGUAAGUGUGUCUAGGGCAUUAGGAGAACAUAACAGUGGUGAUUGGAGGACCAGAUAAUCCAGAUUACUGGAUUGAAAGUUCUAUAUUCUUGAAUCCGCGUUCGGGCGGAUAAUUUCAGAAUUACAGAGUUAAAGGGAGUUAUUCCGAUAUAAAAAGGGGAUAUCUACAUUUGAUAAAGCAUAAAGGAAACCUGGUUAGACUUUUAUUCUUGAUAAUUUUUCUCAUCGGGUAAGAUGAACAAGGAGAUCUACAUUAAAGAGUGCCUCGACUUUGUACAAAAAAAUUAAUCCAAAUACUUCAUCAGGAGAAAUAUAGAGGAAAGUCCGAGCGCUUAGAGGAGGGAGGGAGCCAGAGAUCCGAUUUAUCAGUUGUAAUGACCAAAUUAUAGUGGAUCCUGUAGAAAUCGCCAAUAGGUUAGGGGAAAAGUUCACGGAAAUUCAUCCAAUAGAUCAUUAUCAUCAAGUGAAAUUGAAAACAAAAAUCUUCUCAACUAAUCCAUUCACAGUAUGCCUGACAGAAACGAUUUUCCAGAAUAAGAUAUAGAAUUCUCUCUGAAUGAAUUAGAGUCUGCAAUUUCACACAGCAAAGGGAAAUCUACAGGACCCAAUGAAAUAUCAUACAAUAUGAUUGCCAACCUCCUACCUAAUAACAGAAUUCACUUACUCAGUCUCUACAAUAGGAUGUGGAAAGAAAAAUCCUACCCCUCUAACUGGAUAGAUGCUAAUAUUAUCCCAAUUCCGAAAUUCCAAGGUCAUACUCUAGUAAACCCUGAAUAUCGUCCGAUCUCACUCACAAAUUGUGAUCAAAAAAUAUUCGAAGGAUAAUAAAUUAUCGCCUUAUAUGGAUU